CACCCAAAACGCUUUUUUUCUUUUUUUGCACAUCCUUAAUCUCGUUUUUUCCCCGAUUCACUCCCUGAUGUACAUAUUUCUGCUUCUGUUAUUACAGUUACCCUCUCUUGCUUGUAUUAUAAUUUCAUCACCUCAUUCCACCUAGUCAUAACGCUCUCACUCAUUCAUACCUUGUACUUUUCCUCUCGUCAUGUUAACUCUAUCUUUGCGGGCAUCGGUUGAAGCGAGUCUUUUUUUUUCAACAAACAUUGGAUGUUUAUUCGACAUAAAUAAAAAACAACCAAAAUAUUCCCCAAAAAUCCUGCCUGUAGCAGCGGAACAUCCGGGUGUAUGGAAUUUCCAUAGCAAAGGGUCCAUCAGCAUGCACCCUCUCAUACGCGCCACUUUUGGGGGGAGUAGGGGCCAUCCAGUCAAGCAACACUCGAUGUCCCCCAUAGGCUAUGCAAACAAAAAGGAGAAACAAUCACACGCUUCUCCAUUACAUCAUGCUCAUUAAGUCGAUAGCAAACAGGAUGAGCAUAACAGAGUGUGGCAAAAUCGUAGGACAUUUGGAACGAGUGUACCACUUGGUCGACCAGAGUAAAUUCGGGAGAAAG